AGCCUGUCUGGAGCUGACCCCAUGUCUGUUUCUGUAUGCAGGAUCACAGAACAGCACUGCACUGGGCGUGCUCAGCGGGACACACGGACAUCGUGCAUUUGUUGUUAGGCCUCGCUGUGCCUGUCAAUGACAAGGAUGAUGCUGGCUGGACUCCUCUACAUAUUGCAGCUUCAGCGGGCCGUGAUGAAAUUGUGAAAGCUCUGAUUGGAAAGGGUGCUCAGGUGAAUGUUGUUAAUCAAAAUGGCUGUACACCUCUGCAUUAUGCAGCCUCCAAAAACAGACAAGAGAUUGCAACUAUGCUGUUAGAGAAUGGUGCUGAUCCUGAUGCAACAGAUCAGUUUGAAUCCACUCCAUUGCACAGAGCAGCAGCCAAGGGAAAUCUAAAAAUUAUACAGAUCCUUCUGCGGUACAAAGCAUCUGUGAAUAUACAGGACUCUGAAGGGAAUACACCUCUCCAUUUAGCCUGUGAUGAAGAGAGAGUGGAUGAGGCAAAGCUGUUGGUGUCCCAUGGUGCAAGUAUUUACAUUGAGAAUAAAGAAGAAAAGACCCCAUUGAAAGUGGCAAAAAGUGGCCUGGGAGCUGUACUUAAGAGACUGGUGGAAGGCUAGCAGUGUUGUAUGAGUUAUGACUUGAAUUCCACUCCUGAUGCACACAUUUAAGACUAUUACCUUAAUAUUUUGAUAGCUUAAUGGUGAUGGCUUAAAUUUCAUUAUAAUGUGCAUAUGUAUGUAUGUAGUGGUAUAUGUCAGUACUCUUCCAUUGCACCACCAAGCACAUUUCUAAUUGCCUGUUAAGUAAACCAGCAGCACUUUAAA